GAUCUGCUCUCCUCCUCCCGACCUCCGUUUGUUUCCGGGACAGGCAAGGAGGGCAGAAACGCUGUAGCUCUCUGAUGGCGAUGCCAUUUUGGCAGUAGCUUUUUAGCUCUGGACAACGCUCGCUAGCUUAUGACAAGAAGCUAGCAGCUAGCUAGCUAGAUGGCUGCGCUGAGCCGCGGGGCGGCGGCGGGCACCAAAGGCGGCGGCGGCGGCAAGCAGGUGGGGAGCAGGGUGCUGUUCGUCACCGUCGGCUGCUUCCUCUUCUUCCUCGUCUUUCUCCUCUCCGCCCGCCCCGACGCCGCCACCGUCCUCGGCGCCCGUCGAGGCGACGUCCGGCCGCGGCAGCGGGUGGGGAGCCACGGCGACCUGCAGCGGAGCGCCGAGCAGAGCAGCGGCAUGGCAGCCACGGAACCCUUUUCUUCAGGGGCCGGCGGCGCGGUGAUCGGAGCGGAGAGGAGCGACGACGUCGAGAGAGAUGCGGCGCCGGAGGACGCAGAACGUGAGAGCAACGCCGCCGCCGCCGCUACUCCCAACUCCGACGAGGGAGCGGAACCACCGGCCGCCGAGGACGCGGACCGAGACAAAUCCUUGCGGACCGCGGCCGCCGUGCAAACGACGCCUCCUCCGCACGGACUUCCAGGGGACACCACGACGCGUGCGGAUGCAGCGGACCGGCAGCGGCGGCCGCUGUGCGACACCUCCGGCUUCCGCGCCGACGUCUGCGACCUCGCCGGCGACGUCCGCUUGGAUGCCAACGCGUCGGCUUUCGUCGUCGUCGUCGAUGACGCGGCGCGCAGCGCGGGCGGGCAGACGUACAAGGUCCGGCCGUACCCGCGGAAGGGUGACGCCACGAGCAUGGGCCGCGUCACCGAGAUCGCCGUGCGGGCGACGGCCGGCGCCGGCGCGGGGGCCGCGCCUCGGUGCACGGCGACGCACGCCGAGCCGGCGGUCGUGUUCUCCAUCGGCGGGUACGCGGGCAACCUCUUCCACGACUUCACCGACGUCAUCGUCCCGCUGUACAGCACCGCGCAGCGCUUCCGCGGCGACGUGCGCCUCGUCGUGGCCGACGCGGCCCCGCGGUGGCUCGCCAAGUACGGCGCGCUCCUGCGCGGGCUGUCGCGGCACGCGCCGCUCGACCUCGCCAAGGCCGCCGCCGCCGGGGAGGUGCACUGCUUCCGCCGCGCCGUGGUCGGCCUGCGCGCGCACCGGGAGCUCAUGAUCGAGCGGGAGAGCGGCUUGGACGGGGGCGGGAUGCCGGACUUCACAAUGUUCCUCCGGCGCGCGCUCUCGCUGCCACGCCACGCGCCCACGCGCCCCGGCGGCUUGGUCCCCGCCCGGAAGCCCCGCCUGCUCAUCGUCUCCCGCCGCGGCACCCGCCUGCUCCUGAACACCGACGCCGUGGUCCGCGCGGCGGAGGAGGUCGGCUUCGACGCCGUCGUCCACGAGCUGAGCGCGGGCAACGGCGACGACAUCGCCCGGGCGGGGCGGCUGGUCAACUCGUUCGACGCGCUGGUGGGCGUGCACGGCGCGGACCUCACCAACAUGGUGUUCCUGCCGCCGGGCUCGGCGAUGGUGCAGAUCGUGCCGUGGGGCGGGCUGCGGUGGAUCGCGCGGCUGGACUUCGGCGAGCCGGCGGAGGCGAUGGGGCUCCGGUACACCCAGUACGAGGUCGCCGUCCACGAGAGCACGCUCAAGGAUAAGUACCCGAGGGACCACGAGGUCUUCACCAACCCGACGGCGCUGCACAGGAAGGGCUUCACGUUCAUGAGGCGCACGUUCCUGAACGGCCAGGACAUCAUCGUCGACGUCGACCGCUUCAGGGCGGUGCUGGUCCAGGCGCUCGAGAACCUCGCGCAGUAGGUAGCUGUUGUGUGCGCCGCGCACGCAUGUGUAGUUUGUACACAAGGAUAUGUGUCGAUACAUUGUAGAUGGAUGUCUGUAUGGUCACACAGGACACAAAAAGGUGACCGUAAGAAUGGUAACAGGAGCCUGAAUCGUCAUGGCUAGCUA